GAGAGAGGAGCGGCGGGGCGGAGUGGAGCGGAGCGGUGUGGAGCUGAGAGGAGCAGGGUAGAGCGGACUGGAGCCGCGGGACAGAGAGAGUAAAAAAAAAAAAAAAACGAAAAAAGGGACAUCCAGCGAGUCCCGUCUGGUAGCGGAAGCGAUGAGUGCGAACAUCAAAAGCGUCUCCGGGCGAUGAAUAUUGUCACUUUGCUGCAAUUUCGGCACCAAAAGCGACUUGUUCUUGCGAGCCGGAGAGUAGUUUUGUGGAAGGACAGACAGCUGAAGCACUUGAACGGAGAGGGAAACGUUGAGAGCUGUACAUGUGGCGAGUUGUUUAUAAAGCCCAUAGAGCCUGAACCUGGCGCCGCGGAUUCAUUAAAGCGAGCCGGGAAAACAAGCCUAAGGUGGGGCAGGAGGGUGAGAGACUGAGCGGGCUGAGAGCCUCCACUCCGUCCGCCGUUUCUCUCUCUGCGUGUGUGUGUGUGUUUAACUCACGGACAUUUUUUUUUCUUUCGGUGGAAAAAAAUCCGUCACGUCAUUUUGUUUCCGCUCGCAGGAUUUUUUUUGGGGAGCGGUGCACAGGCGCCUGCGAGGAGCUCGAGCGCUACAGUGUGAUAUUCCCCGCCGUGGACACAUUGCAGGCAGGAAAUUGUCCCGUCUGGUUGUUGGACCAUGGCCGACGACGACGUGCUCUUCGAAGACGUUUACGAGCUGUGCGAGGUCAUUGGGAAGGGGCCAUUUAGCGUGGUGAGAAGAUGCAUCAACAGAGAGACAGGCCAGCAGUUCGCAGUGAAGAUUGUAGAUGUUGCUCAGUUCACCUCCAGCCCUGGCCUCAGCACAGAAGACCUGAAGAGGGAAGCCAGCAUCUGUCAUAUGCUCAAACACCCCCAUAUCGUAGAGUUGCUGGAAACCUACAGCUCAGAUGGAAUGCUCUACAUGGUCUUUGAGUUUAUGGAUGGAGCAGACCUCUGUUUCGAGAUCGUGAAAAGGGCAGAUGCUGGGUUUGUCUACAGUGAGGCAGUAGCCAGUCAUUACAUGAGACAGAUCCUUGAAGCACUGCGGUACUGCCAUGACAACAACAUCAUUCACCGAGAUGUAAAGCCUCACUGUGUGCUGCUGGCAUCAAAGGAGAACUCUGCUCCCGUGAAACUGGGUGGCUUUGGAGUUGCUAUACAGCUCGGAGAGUCAGGAUUAGUGGCCGGAGGCCGAGUGGGUACCCCUCACUUCAUGGCUCCGGAGGUGGUGAAGAGAGAGCCAUACGGAAAGCCAGUGGAUGUGUGGGGCUGCGGAGUCAUCCUUUUCAUCCUGCUAAGCGGCUGCCUGCCCUUUUAUGGCACGAAAGAGCGCCUGUUUGAGGCCAUUAUCAAAGGAAGAUACAAGAUGAACCCUCGGCAGUGGACUCAAAUCUCAGAGAGUGCUAAAGACUUGGUACGACGCAUGCUGAUGCUGGAUCCCGCUGAGAGGAUUACUGUGUAUGAAGCCCUCAAUCACCCAUGGCUGAAGGAGAGAGAUCGGUACGCCUACAAAAUCCACCUGCCUGAGACAGUGGAACAGCUGAGAAAGUUCAAUGCACGGCGAAAGCUCAAAGGUGCUGUGUUAGCAGCAGUCUCCAGCCACAAGUUUGGAUCGUAUUACGGUGACCCACCCGAGGAGCUGCCAGACUUCUCUGAAGAUCCCACGUCAUCUGGACUGCUAGCAGCCGAAAGGGCUGUGUCCCAGGUUCUGGAUAGCCUGGAGGAGAUCCAUGCACUAACGGAUUGCAGUGAGAAAGACCUGGACUUUCUGCACAGUGUUUUCCAGGACCAGCAUCUCCACACAUUACUUGAUCUGUAUGACAAGAUCAACACCAAGUCCUCCCCACAGAUCAGGAAUGCUCCAAGUGAUGCUGUUCAGAGAGCCAAAGAGGUACUAGAAGAGAUUUCCUGCUAUCCAGAGAAUACUGAUGUUAAAGAGCUGAGGCGAAUCCUAAAUCAGCCCCAUUUUAUGGCCUUACUGCAGACUCAUGAUGUGGUAGCUCAUGAAGUGUACAGUGAUGAGGCGCUGAGGGUCACACCACCCCCGACUUCACCGUAUUUGAACGGAGACUCACCUGAGAGCACCAACGGAGACAUGGACCUGGAGAAUGUCACCCGAGUACGCCUGGUGCAGUUCCAGAAGAACACCGAUGAGCCCAUGGGUAUCACUCUGAAGAUGAACGAUCUAAACCACUGCAUUGUAGCCAGAAUAAUGCAUGGAGGCAUGAUUCAUCGACAAGGAACGUUGCACAUUGGAGAUGAGAUCCGGGAGAUCAACGGUAUUGGUGUAGCUAAUCAGACAGUGGAGCAGCUGCAGAAAAUGCUUAGGGAGAUGAGAGGCAGCAUCACCUUUAAGAUUGUACCAAGCUACCGGACACAACAAUCGUCUUGUGAGAAAGAGUCCCCUACCUCCUCCAGACAGUCCCCUGCUAAUGGCAAUUCCAGCGUUAACAGUUCUAUCUUGGACUUGCCAUCAACCAUCCAGCCAAAAACACGCCAGAUCUCCAGAACUACAAUCAAGGGUAAACUAACAGUGAAGAUCUAUGUGCGGGCACAGUUUGAGUAUGACCCAGCCAAAGAUGAGCUCAUUCCUUGCAAAGAAGCAGGCAUUCGGUUCAGAGUAGGAGACAUCAUCCAGAUCAUCAACAAGGAUGACCAUAACUGGUGGCAGGGUAAACUGGAGAACACAAAGAAUGGCACAGCUGGACUUAUUCCAUCCCCAGAGCUGCAAGAGUGGCGGGUGGCCUGCAUAGCAAUGGAGAAAACUAAGCAGGAGCAGCAAGCCAGCUGUACUUGGUUUGGCAAGAAAAAGAAGCAGUACAAAGACAAGUAUCUAGCGAAACACAGUGCAGUGUUUGAUCAACUAGAUCUCGUCACAUAUGAAGAAGUUGUGAAGCUGCCAGCUUUCAAAAGGAAAACCCUGGUGUUAUUAGGAGCUCAUGGCGUUGGAAGAAGACAUAUCAAGAACACACUCAUCACUAAACACCCUGACAGAUUUGCUUACCCCAUUCCACACACAACCAGACCUCCUAAAAAAGAUGAGGAAAAUGGCAAAAACUAUUACUUUGUAUUGCAUGAGCAAAUGAUGCAGGACAUCGCCAACAACGAUUACCUAGAAUACGGCAGCCACGAGGACGCCAUGUACGGAACACGUCUGGAGACGAUACGCAAAAUCCACGAGCAGGGCCUCAUAUCUAUACUUGAUGUAGAGCCGCAGGCACUGAAGGUUUUGCGGACAGCAGAGUUUGCGCCAUAUGUGGUUUUCAUUGCUGCACCAACCAUCACACCGGGCAUGAAUGAGGAUGAAUCAUUACUGCGACUGCAGAAGGAGUCCGAGAUCCUGCAGAAGACUUACGCACACUACUUCGACCAGACCAUCAUCAACAACGAGAUUGAUGAGACGAUCCGGCACCUGGAGGAGGCUAUAGAACUGGUGUGCACUACAGCACAGUGGGUUCCUGUGUCCUGGGUUUACUAGAACACCGUUAACUCAAACUCCACCCUAAAACCCCCAGACUCUGUGAUGCAUCUUUGCAACAACAACGAAGUAGAUACAAAUGAAUACAUACAUAAAUAUAUAAUUAAGAAGGAAAGAAAAACACCACCAUUCCCCGGAGGAAGGAUCCACCUUUAAUUUGACUGAUGCGUUUUACGCCUGCAGAUGAUCUCAGCCCUUCAGACUCCACAGAUUUAGUGUUGUAUAAAACAGAAUAAUACAGUGGUGAAUAUAGACGUGUCCUAAAUGAUGAGAUGCAGCAUUUUUGUAGUUGUGGUUAAGAGACACCAUCUUAAAUGAGAAGACGCCAUUCAGAACUUGUUCUAUUCCAUUAGCUGGUUUAAAAAAACACCCUCACAGGAACCUAUUAGUCUCCAUGUGCAUCACAAUCUGCUGUUGUGGCCACUUCCAGAUACCGUCUCACUAAACAAGUCCAUACCUCGAAGAUCUGACGUCUCAUGCAUGUGCACAUUCAGAGACUUGCAUACAGUCAGUGUUAGCAGUGGAACUACAGCAAUCCACAGCACAGAACAUUCCAUAUGUCUGAACCAAUUCAGACUAAGUGAAGACCAGUGGAGGAUGAAGCUGAAAAAAAGACCUAUGCACAUCUUUGGGCACAUUUCAGACAACUUUCUAACAAAUUGUUUUUACCAGCCAUGUAGUGAGAUGUGUUCAUGUCUCGAUUUAAUUUGUUGUAUAAAAAAAAAAAAAAAGCAAAGAAAAAAAAAACGAUUCUGGUUUUACCAUUUACAGAAAUGGCAUCUAAGAGUAUUAAUGUUUUCAUGAAGCCGAAUCAUAAGAAGAAACCAGAUUUUUAUUCAGUGUAACUGUUGCAGACGGAGGUGCACACACACAUUUUACAAAAGAAACUUGCAAAAUUAAUAAUCUGAAUGAUUCUGUAUAAGACAAACUGUUUACUUCAGACUGCCCUGUGUAAAUUCCUCAGCUGAUAUCUGAGCAGCUGUCAGUAUGAUCCUUUUUUUUGUUUGUUUUUUUAAAUAUAUUUCCUUUUCUGUGGUGAA